CUCUCACUUUCACUGAUUUUCUUCAUAUCAUCUCCACACCUGAUUCUCUUACACCAAAAACACAGUACAAAAAAAAUAGUAAAAAAAAAUUUGAAAAAAAAAACACAAACAAACUCAGAUAAAGCAAAAGGAGAAACAGAGUUGGUACAAAUACCAACAAAAUAGACAGACUGAUAAAGAACCUGUUUCUUUUCCUUUACACUCUCUCACUUUUUUUUUAAAGUUUUUGACUGAAAAAAGACACAAUUUUUAAUCAUUUAUAUGAACCAAAAUGUUAAAUAAAUUCAUGGGGUUUGCUUAAUAUAUGUGUUGAAUCAUUUGAUUUCACUUUCUUGUUUUUUUUUUAUCAUCAAUGGCUUCCAUUUUCUUGAUUUUUGUUCUCUCUUUGCUUCUGUUUUACCCUUUUCUUUGUUUUUCAUAUGAAGCUAGGAAUCAUGAAGUGGAAGCUUUGAUUGCUAUAAGGAGAAGUUUGGAUGACCCAAAAGGAGCUUUAAGUAAUUGGGAUGAAGAUUCUGUUGAUCCUUGUAGUUGGGCUAUGAUCAGUUGUUCUUCUGAAAAUAUUGUUAUUGCACUAGGAGCUCCAAGUCAAGGUUUAUCUGGGGUUUUGUCUGGGAUGAUAUCAAAUCUUACAAACCUUAAACAAGUUUUAUUGCAAAACAACAACAUUUCUGGGCAUAUUCCAAGAGAGCUAGGGAAACUUCCUAAUCUUGAAACAUUGGAUCUGUCUAAUAACCAUUUCUCUGGUCAUGUUCCUGAUUCUUUGGGUCUAUUAAACAGUCUUCAGUAUCUAAGGUUGAACAACAACAGCUUGUCUGGUGCUAUUCCUCUUUCUUUAGCCAGGGUCCCUCAGCUUGCUUUCUUGGACUUGUCCUUCAAUAAUCUGAGUGGACCUAUUCCUAAAUUUCCUACGAGAACUUUCAAUGUUGUGGGUAACCCUUUGAUAUGUGGAAAUCACUCUGCUGAGACUUGCUUUGGAUCGGUGAACCUGAUGCCCCUUUCGUUUGACAUUGAUUCCACCGGUAAGCGAAACUCGAAAAGACUUGCCAUUGCAAUGGGACUUAGUAUCAGCUUCAUCUCUAUUUUCCUCUUAGGAUUCGGAUUCAUAAUUUGGAAAAGGAACCAAAACAGGAAACAGUCUAUUCUGAACAUUAAUGAUAUGCAAGAGGAGGAUCUAGUUAGACUAGGGAAUCUCAGAAGCUUCACAUUUAAAGAACUUCAACGUGCAACAAACAGUUUCAGCUCCAAGAACAUUCUUGGUGCUGGAGGAUUUGGCAAUGUUUACCGUGGAAAGUUGGGGGAUGGCUCAUUGGUUGCGGUGAAACGAUUGAAAGAUAUUAGUGGAACUGCUGGAGAAUCACAGUUCCGGACGGAAUUGGAGCUAAUUAGCUUGGCAGUACAUAGAAAUUUGCUCAGAUUAAUUGGUUAUUGUGCUACCCCAAACGAGAGACUUCUCGUGUAUCCUUUCAUGUCUAAUGGCAGUGUGGCAUCAAGACUUAGAGGAAAACCAGCACUAGAUUGGAAUACCAGGAAGAGAAUUGCUAUUGGAGCUGCUAGAGGUCUUCUUUACCUUCACGAGCAAUGUGAUCCGAAGAUAAUCCACAGAGAUGUGAAGGCAGCAAAUGUCCUAUUAGAUGACUUCUGUGAAGCUGUUGUCGGGGACUUUGGCCUUGCAAAGCUCCUCGAUCAUGCUGACUCUCACGUUACGACAGCUGUUCGUGGAACAGUUGGCCAUAUUGCACCAGAGUACCUUUCCACCGGUCAAUCUUCCGAGAAAACGGAUGUGUUUGGAUUUGGUAUCCUCUUGUUAGAGCUUAUAACUGGAAUGAGAGCUCUUGAAUUGGGAAAAACAGUAAACCAGAAAGGAGCAGUACUUGAAUGGGUUAAGAAAAUGCAGCAUGAGAAGAACGUCGAAGCUCUCAUCGACAGAGAGCUUGGGAGCAACUACGACAGGAUCGAUGUAGGGGAGAUGUUACAAGUGGCUAUACUCUGUACUCAAUACCUACCGUCCCACCGUCCCAAGAUGUCUGAGGUGGUCCGAAUGCUUGAAGGAGAUGGCCUUGCUGAAAAAUGGGCUGCAUCUCAUAACUAUGAUGGCUUUUCUCUAACCAAAAACAGUGACAAAACUCAGACUAAACAAUCUAUGGUGCCUCUUGGAUAUGAUGACAAUGAUCAUGAUCAUUUGACGGUGUUUGGGAUGAUGGAUGAUGACUAUGACACACAUGCCAUGGAGCUUUCCGGUCCAAGAUAAUAGCGAAAUAUCAACGAGGUCUGGAAAGGGUACGAUGUACACAAACCUUACCCCUACCUUUAUGGGGUAGAGAUGCUAUUUCCGAUGACCCUCGGCUCGUAAUAGCAAAAUAUCCAAAAGGAAAAGAAAUUGAACAUAGGUACUUAAUUCUUUUCAAAUUUUUAUAAGUUAGUACCACAAUUAACUCUUAUCAAAAAGUAUAUUGGAGAAGAAAAAGAAAGUAGUUUUUUUU